GGAGGCUGCGAGGUGGUGAGGUUCAAAAGCAGAUUCAGUCAAAUAUAACGCUCACACAAGGAGAGACCCAAAGAAAGAUGCCUCGUUGAGAGACCAAAAACACAUUCUUUGUAAUAUCGCAGAAUAGGUUUCAGUGAGACAGUCGACGCGUUUGUGUAGCAAGUAACUCGAGGCAGCGGAGCUCCACUAAUCGGCGUUUGAAUUGGACUUUGCACAAAGGAGGAUCUGUGCUGGUGCACGAGGGGAAGGAAGCGAGGAAGGUGCGCUCAGUCCUUUCGUCCUCGUUAACUUGAAAACAGACCAAGUGAUCCAGUCAUUGGAAGCACAUUGGUCUCGACUUCUAAAGGGAAGGUUUGUCAUCAGAUGGACCCCAGUUGAUGCCAGCCAGACCCAGUCCAUGUUCAUACUCCUGGCCCGAUUCCAGAAAUGGUCCGGUGGCCUUACAUGUCCAACCACGUGCUGGUGAGGGUCGUUCUUCUUCUCCUGGUGCGCUUCGCUAAUCAUGCCUGGGGGAAUAACACUGUAUCGAGGGACUUCAGAUCUCAAAAUGCGACAGGCACGAACAUCGCGGCCAUCGUGGCCCCCACCGUCACGCUGGGCCUCCUUGCCAUCAUCGCCUUGGCAGUGGCCGGCUGGCUGCUGUGUGUGGUGAAGAAGAAGCGGCAGACAGAAGGAGCUUACCGACCCAGCGCCGAGGAGCAGUGUGGCACUCGCAGUGUGGCCACCACCGACAUCCUCAAACUCCCCAAGGAGGAAAGACUCAUUUGAGGAGCCCCUUUUUUGAGAGUGGUGGGGGUGUGGGGGUCCCUGUUAAAAAAACAAAAACAUUCAAAGCGCUCUUCAAUCAUUUUCCUGCGCACACAUGAAAGAGGAGCUCCAGUAUUUUCUCACGACCAAAUGUUUCAUUUUUUUUUCUGAAGUGGUUUAAAACUUGUUUAGUGAUAUGUAUCGUGCACUAUAGAGUAAAUCAAUACCUCGGCAAACUGCUCAUCACGACUCCAUUUUGGUUCGAUUCAACAGCUGUUUACACAUGUACGACAUUUCAUCCGAUCGACUUAUGUCACCGAGUCAUCAGUUCAGUUAAUUUAUGUCUUUGUCCAAUAAAUAUCUGCUGUAUUUGUA